CGCCUUUUACGAUUUAUAUUUUGUUUAUUGUUUUUCAUUCAUUAUUUGUGAGAUUUAUUGUUAAUUAUGUAUCGCAAAUACAAAAAACGUGGCCAGAAGCCACUAAAUACCAUCGAUGAAAAUAACUCAAUCAAGAUACCACUUCCGGCGGACAACGAAACCGGCAACAAAACGGAUGUUUCUGUGGCACCGACUUCUAGUGGAAGCGAGGAGAACAUACCGGCCUCCCAGGAGCAUACGCAACGCUUUCUGUCACAGCAUAGUGCCAUCCUGGCCGCGACUCUGGGGCGCACACAGUCCUCCAGCCGAAACCUUAGCCUGUCGCGGCAGCCAAACAACUUCUUCGAGCUCGUACUGAUACGAGCCGGGGUACAAUUGGACCAGGGCGACACCCUUGUGCUGUCCUGUGACCAUGUCUCGAUAGUUUCAAAGUUGCGAGACAUGUUCAUGAGUGCCCCGUCCUAUGCGGACAAGUUGGAGACCUUCAAGGCAGGUCUCAACUCUGCCAUGGGGCCCAAGUCCAAAUUGUCGCAGAAACUUCUCACUGGCUGUACUGUGGAUGCAGCCGGGGAGGAACAAAUAUAUCAGUCGCAGAACAGCAUGUUCAUGAACUUUCUUAUGAUCGAUUUUAUGCGGGAUCCGUGCCUGGAGGUGCUACUGAACAGAAUGGAAGAGGUGGCCACAUCGGACCAAGUAAUCAAGGGCCAGGGUGCUAUUGCAAUGCCUUUGCUGCCCCUGAUGAUGGCCCAGAUGCGCUACCUGACCCUUUCCCACAAGGACCAGAUCUAUAAGCGCAUCGAGGGUAUCUUCAACAGAGCCACCGACUCGUCUAAGUUGGAUAUCAUAAGCAAUGCCGAGUUUAUGCUGGAUGCCAGCAUGCACGACGAAUUUGUCGAGCUGCUCUUUAUAAACUAUUCCUGCAGCGAACAGCUAUUUAAUAUGACCACUGUGCACACAUUGAGUAACCUUUCGCUCUCAGCCAAGACCCAAGACAAGCUGCGCUUGCGCAUUCUAGAGUUCACUACAAGUGGCACCUGUCCAGACUCGACAUUGCCCCACCUCAUCCGACUUUUGUUGAACAGUCUUAUACUGGACACAGAUGAUAGUGUGCGGGAGAUGGUUUCCACACUGCGAGAAAUAUUUAACUGGCGUCACAGAGCUCUUAACGACAGCAGCGCACCGACAGCCAACGACAAGAAGUCGCAACUGGAACUUUUUGGCUUUCUGAAACUAGGCCUGAUACGCUCCCAUCGAUUUUAUCAAAUGUGGCAGAGACUAAUAGCAACUUUGCCUGCAGACGGAUUCACCGCCCUUGACUUAAUAAUGAUUUUGUUGCUGAUCCAUGUGAAUGAAGAUAACUCCCUGUAUAUCGAGAAUAUUCUUCGUCGUCGAAUAAAGCUAAACCAAAUCACAGUAAACAUUCUAGAGGACGUUAAACAGCACUAUCCGCACAUUUUGGAAAAAAAUAUUAGCACACUUAUGCACAUCCUGCACGACUUCAUGUGCGAAAAGAAUGCAGCUGUGUCAGAGUUUGCAAAAUCUUCGUAUAGCGUACUCUUCAAGAUUUUUACCACAAUUCAGAAGAAUAUUCUGAGGAAGCUACUUGAUCUUGCCUGUGACAAAUCCUCGCAACACCUUACCACAAUGGCCCUGCAUUUGCUGCGCGAGCUGCUGCGCAAGAGCUUCAAGGAUGUGCAGAACUGCGCGUCUCUCUUCCUGCCGAUGCUGGAUCGGUUGAGUGACUUAACACUGCCGCAAACUCGCCUGGCUAUGGAAGUGCUAUGCAACUUGGCUUUUCCGGAGCCAAAACUACCCGAGUCACUGCCGCUCCAGGAGCAAGUCGAAAUGGUGGUGAAGAAGCAGCUGAUCAAUCGCACUGAGUAUGUGAAGAAGCAAGGCAUCAUUGGCAGCGUGCAGCUAAUUAAUGCCAUUUCGUGCACUGAGGAACGCAGCUUAGACGACGGGGACGAGGACUUUUCCCCCGCCGUGGAUUCCAUAGACGGUUUGCCCGACGGUCGCUCCAAAGUAGCAGCCAACUUGAUAACUCUCACCGAAUCAUCCAUCAUUAACAGUGCUGAGUCUCUGGCGCUGUUCUAUGAAGAGUUGGCCACCGUUAUUUCUCAAAGAUGUCCCAUAUCUUCAUAUUGGAACGAUAAAUACUUUACCAUGUGGCUCUGUGAACUGAUGACCUAUCGCUUUCAGCACAACUUCGCUACCGAGACAAUUCCAAAGCCGAUCAAUGGCAUCCAGCUGGAAUAUCAAAAGAAUAUCAACGAACUGGACGAAUCGAUUGUAAACAUAGAAUCGGACGUUCUUGGCAUUGCCAUAAAUAUAUCCGAGCUUGUACUCUCGCCAAAAACUGAAGCCUCUGGAUCUAUAUAUGUAAUGACGCCUCUGUUUUACCUUGUGAGAAUGCUAAACCAAAAUUGCUACCGUGGCAGCCUGGAUGUGAUUAAUGCCUUACUUGGCUGUGCAAUUGUACUGCCCUCGUUCUUCGAGGACGAAAACUACAUGGCCAUCUUCGACAAUUAUGACGAGCAGCAGCAGAAACAUAUUCUUAGCAUUUAUUUCCAUACUAUCAACUGGAUAAGGGUAACAAUCAGUGCGUUCGCAGCUCAGAUUCAUCGUGGCACGCGCGAACGAGUGUUGCUCCGUUUGGGUGAAUUGAUACGCAUGGAGCAAAGGGUCAAGUCGCUAUUGACCCAUGCACCUCCUAACUUUGUAGUUCCUCCAUAUCAGUUCCUCGACUGUUCAAAACAGAAAGCUACGCUGCACAAACGGCAAGGUGGUAAGCCUGGAGCCAAGGCCCAUGAAACCGCACUGGAGGAGGACGAAAUCUGUAAUAUAACCACACUAGUGGACUUAACCCUCAAGGUGGCUCCCUGCAAGACAAACAAAACCAAAAUUGACUUUGAGCAGUUGUACGGACCACGGGAGAAGUACAGACCAAUGGAUGUGCGCAUCUUGGUGUUACUGGAGAAGCAAGAGCUAUCCUUGAACUAUCCACUGGAGGAUAAGGAAAAAGGCAACGCUUUAGGGUUGUUGGAGCUUCGUUUCCUGCUUGAAGAUGUGGUCCAAAAACUGAAAGCUACAGUCCAUGACCAGCAGGACUCCUUGGAUUCAGUGUUUCUCCAUCCGCAUCGUAUCAGUCCGGAGAGCUUCUUACAUGAUAUAUGUCAGUCGAUGAUUGAUUUAAAUAAUCACCUAAAAGUCCUAGCCAAGGCCAUAGAUGAGGAGUUGGCCAAUGUCAACCAUGUGUAUAGCAAUUUGGAUCUGUUCAAGGAACGAUUCAACUAUAUAAAAACCUGCUUUGGCCUAUGCAUUCAAUAUUUUUCCUUAUACUUCUCCUGGGGCGGAUGGAGCGAUGAGUCAAAUUCCAAACAGCUGCACGAAUCCCUGUACAUAUUGCAUACAUCACGUCUGCCGGGUCUAAAUGUACCGACAUAUAAAAAGCAAACUAUUCCCCAACUGGCCACCUUGAAUUUCGACUACUUUUUAAAGUACGAGAAAUCGGUACUAAAUCUGAGUACGGCGGUUCAGCUGCACCGACUGCUCUGCAGUUUGCGGACACUGGGAGGAGGUUGGGGCGAUGCCAGUCAGACGAGAUUCCGGCUAGCCGAAGACACACGCGUACUCUGUGACAAGUUUCUGCGUCGUAAGUGGUUCCACUUCUCAAGCAACUUGGACAAAGGAGCUCAGUGUAAUAUAUACCUAGAUGAGCUGGUUAAGGGCUUCCUUAAGAACUCUACCUCUGCGCGGCAGAACGAACUUCUGAAUGAGCUCAUCAAGGAGUGCAAAAUACUAAAUACAAAGGACAAGGCACUGAUAUCCUUUCCAAAUUUCAAGAAAGCCAACUUUCCGCUGCUGUUUCGGGGAUUGUGUGAAGUGCUAAUACACUCGUUGAAUGCUCAACUGAGCGCGGAAAAAGAAGGGGACAGCCUGAGACUGUGGGAGUCUACAGUAAACUUGUUGAAUGGAUUGCUUAAUAUUGUGCAGCUUGUGGAGCAGCCACGCAAUUUCGGAUUAUUCCUCAAGCAUUCACAGCUUUUUCUGAAGCUUUUUCUGCAGCGUGGUAUGUCCGUGCUGGAGACCAUAGUGCGCCGGGAUCCUGAUAGGCUCACAAAGUUUCUCCAAGAGCUGCAGAAGGUGACCAGGUUCCUGCACCAGCUAUGCUGUCAUUCAAGGUCCAUCAUAAAUACCGCCAUCAUAAGCUACAUUCCCAGUCUUCGCGAAACCAUAGAAACUCUGAUAUUUCGAGUCAAGGCUCUCCUGGCAGUCAACAACUGUAACUCCGCCUUCCACAUGGGAAAUAUGAUCAACAGAGAUCUCCAUGGAUAUUCUAUCGUCACGCCAGUGGGCUCCUUCAUCAGCGAGGAGAACAGCGACGAAGAGCUACCCGCAGACGAUACCAGUGUGGACGAGACAGUGCUGGAUGCGGACAACAUCAGCAACAUUAGUGCCAGCACCAGACCGAGUACCAGUGGAUCUCGGAGCAAGUCCUCGUCGCGCAGUAAAUGUUUCUAAAUAUUGUUCAACGUUAACUUUCAAAAAUAAAUCGUAAUUUAUUUUUUCG